CCAGCUCUCACGACAAACACAGGCUUCCCAAACACAUCAGCAUGUAUUCAGAGCUCGAGUGUGGAAUUUGUUAUCGGCCCUACAACGCGGGUCGGCAUUGUCCCAGAGAGCUGCACUGCAAACACAGUUUUUGCGAGAGCUGCCUGGUGACCCUCUCUCAACCCCAAGGCGGCGUUUCAUGUCCGGAUCGAGACAAGUUUAUCGUCUGCCCGCUUUGCCGACAGAUCACACACAUCUCCGGUGAAGCAAAAAUUAAACUGGCACUUAGGGUUGACGAGGACUUACUAGAACGGCUGUUGGCAGCAGGCGUCUCCGAGGGCGGUGCAGAGGAUGAAGAUGAAGACAAGAAAGGUGAAUGUUUUGAGGAGAGUGACGUCCAGAGUCUUCCCGAACCGGAACAGGGAUACUCAUCUUCCGUUUCUAGACCCGGCAGGCUACGGCGGUCUUUGACACGAGUCUGGGGGAAGAUCACGGGGACUAGCUAUAGCCUACAUCAGAGAGACAGAACAAAUCGCAUCACCGACGAUGAAAUGAAGGACCUUGCCAUAAUGGCUUGCUAUGUGUUUUAAGAGGACUGCUGCUUCAGAUACCCUGGAUAAUAUAAUAAGGACCACGUGGCCCAGCCUGCUUUGUAUGAGCCCACUAUUUCUGGUAGCCGAUGUGUAGAUUGAUGACAUUUUCCUGGCAAAAUUGGUGUCCAAGGAGGAGGAUGGACAAGUUAAUUUAUGUUUAUCUUGUAACUUUCUUAUUCAUGUGUAACUAUGUUAAGUAUUAGGACCGUACGGAUCCCGAACCAAAGCUUGAAUAUGGCUGACUGUAAAACAAACAACCAAUUACAAGUGAAACAUUUGGAGGAAAUGUUAAUCCUUGAUUCCAGUUUGAAUUUUUUUGCAUUAUUGGUGCUUGCAAUUAAAUUUUUAAUAAUGGA